AUGGUUCUUAAAGUUCAAAAUCCAAACAAUAUCAAAGUAUAUACAGUUUGUGGAGAGGGUACAUCUAGAUCUUUACCUGAAUGGUUUAUUCGAAAGAAAAAAAAAGCGUUAAAAAAGGAUCCAGAAUGGUCAUCUAGAAUUGAACUUUUACAAGAUUUUGAAUUUCCAGAAGCAAGUAAUAAAAUUAAAGUAACACCUGAUAAAAAAUAUGCCAUUGCAACGGGGACUUAUAAACCACAUAUGAAAAUUUAUGAAUUUUCAGAAAUGUCUAUGAAAUUUAGUCGAUAUACAAAUGCAGAGAAUGUAAAUUUUGAAAUUUUAUCAAACGAUUGGACAAAAACGGUUCAUUUGCAGCAAGAUCGUUCUAUUGAGUUUCAUACACAGGGGGGAAUGCAUUAUCGUCUUCGAAUUCCUAAAUUUGGGAGAGAUAUGGGGUAUCAUUUUCCUACAUGUGAUUUAUUAAUUGCAGCAACUGGAGAUGAAGUGUAUCGCUUAAACCUUUAUCAGGGACGCUUUUUACGUCCUUUUAAGAUAGAUAGCUUGGCAGAUAAUGAAGAAGGAACAAAUAAAAUGGGUGUCAAUACUGUAAAUAUCAAUCCAGUACAUCAACUUUUUGCAUUUGGAACAGAUAAUGGAACGGUUGAAUUUUGGGAUCCUAGAUAUAGAUCAAGAAUUACUAUAUUGGAUAUCUCUAGAUCAUUAAAUCCCAUGUUUCAUAAGAAAACAGCGGAAAUAAGUGCUACUAGCUUUAGACAUGAUGGAUUGAAUUUUUCUGCCGGCACAUCAACAGGAAUUGUAUUAUUAUAUGAUUUAAGAAGCCCUCAGGUUUUAUUACAAAAAGAUCAAGGAUAUGAUAGUCCAAUAAAAUCCAUAAAAUGGUUAAAAUCAAAUGAUUCAGUUUCGCAAUUAAUUUUAACAUCUGAUAAAAAGAUUAUAAAAAUAUGGGAUAAAAAUUCAGGAAAUCCAUUUACAUCAAUUGAGCCUUCUGUUGAUAUUAAUGAUGUAUGCCCUUUAGAUUUUACAGGUAUGAUAUUCGUUGCUAAUGAAGGUGUUCCAAUGCACAUAUAUUAUAUUCCCGCUUUGGGUCCUGCUCCAGCAUGGUGUUCUUUCUUGGAUAAUUUAACAGAAGAAAUGGAAGAAAAUCCGAUUGAAAAUAUUUAUGAGAAUUAUAAAUUUUUAACAAAAAAUGAAUUAAAAUCUCUUGGUUUAGAUCAUCUUAUUGGUUCCAACGUAAUUCGUAGUUAUAUGCACGGAUUUUUCAUUGAUUUUCGUCUUUACGAAACGGCAAAAAGUAUUAUGAAUCCUUUUGCAUAUGUAGAAUAUCGUGAAAAAGCUAUCAAAGAUAAAAUUGAAAAAGAAAGACAAUCUCGUAUACGUUCUUCAACAAAAAUUACCAAAAUUAACCAUAAUUUGGCCCAGCAUCUAUUACAUAAAGAAGAAAAAGAUAGGAUGAAAAAGAAAGGUAAUAGAGGGCCUAGUGUUCUUGAAGAUGAACGUUUUAAGGAUGUCUUUAAUGAUCCUGAUUAUGAAAUUGAUGAGAAUACCGUAGAAUUUAUGCAAUUGAAUCCCAUACGAUCAAAAAAAAAUUAUGAAAAUUCAAAAACCAUAAGUAGUUCUGAAAGUGAAAAAAAAUCUAUUGCAUAUUCGUUUUCUGGAACUGAUGACGAUAAUGAUGAAAGUGAAGAAGCUGAUUUUUAUCAGAAACCAAAGAAUAUGGAAUUGAAAGCCGAGGACAAAGAAAUAAGAAUGAAAGUGAUUGAAUAUUAUCAGCCAUCACUUAAUACAAUGCAGAAUGAGUCAUUUGAAACAUUAAUUAAGAUGCAAGAACAAAACAAAGAAACAGAAAAAAAACAAGAUUUAAUGAUUAACGAUAUUAAAAGAAAUAUAAAUGGUAAAGGAAAUAUGGAAAUGACAUUUUUAAUGCCUAAAAAAAAGAAUAAUAUUAAUAAUAAUAUGAAAAACACGCAUUGUACAUUAGAAACAGAGAAAAAUGAUUUGAAACAAGUAAGUCGACGACGUGCAAGCAAAAAUACAUUCCGAAAAAUGUAA